AUGGCGAGCACUCUUUUCAACACCUUUUCGGCCGGCAAUCAUGCCUCUGCCAUCAUCAUUCCAGGGAAAAUACCCUUGACCAUCUCAUUCAAAGAUUUGACCUCCGAAGUCCUAGCGUUUCAGAUGAAGCUCGCGUUAUUGGGCAUCACUCCCAAGGCCGUGGUAUCGUUAGCCCUACCCAACUCAUACGAAUUCAUAGUUGCAUUUCUCGCCACGACUUGUCAACGCGCUAUCUCUGCACCGCUCAAUCCAGCUUUCAAGCAAGAUGAGUAUGAAUUCUACCUUAAAGAUGUCAAUUCGGCUGCUUUAUUAUUACCCCGAGGUGCAUACAGUCAAGAAGGGCCUGCAGUUCGAGCGGCUCGCAAGCAAAAGACUGUAAUAGCAGAAUGCUAUUGGAAUGGAAGAGAGGUAGUACUCGAUGUCAAGGAGGAAGGGUCUCUUCAGGGUCAAGGGAACCAAAAGCUUGAACGCGCUCAACCUUACGAUAUCGCCUUAGUUUUACACACAUCCGGCACAACCGGUCGACCAAAGGCUGUACCACUCUCACACCGCAAUAUCGUUCGAUCUAUCAAGAACAUUCAAGCUACGUAUGCUCUCGAUUCACAAGAUAGGUCUCUCCUUGUUAUGCCAUUAUUUCACGUCCAUGGACUCUUGUCGGGCUUACUCGCCCCGCUCUAUGGAGGUGGCUCAGUAAUCGUUCCUCUCAAGUUCUCCGCAAGUGGAUUUUGGUCUGAUUUCAUUUCGCACCGUGCAAAUUGGUAUACUGCUGUACCCACCAUUCACCAAAUAUUGCUCAAAAACCCGCUUCCAAGUCCUCUUCCCAGAAUUCGAUUUAUUCGAUCAUGUAGUUCGCCCUUAAGUCCGACUACCUUUCAUGCGCUCGAAAAGGCCCUGAAAGCACCUGUACUGGAAGCAUAUGCGAUGACAGAAGCAUGUCAUCAGAUAUCUUCUAAUCUCCUACCACCUGCGCGUCGGAGACCUGGAUCAGUCGGUGUUGGACAGGGCGUAGCGAUUCAGAUUCUUAACCAGAAAGGUGAUGAAGUUCCUACUGGGACUGAGGGAGAGGUUUGCAUAAAAGGAGGGAGUUUAACAGCUGGCUAUUUAAACAACCCAACGGCAAACCAGGAAUCGUACACAAAACUUGGCUAUUUUCGCACUGGGGACCAAGGAAAGGUAGACAGUGAAGGCUACUUGUAUAUCACGGGCAGGAUUAAGGAACUUAUUAAUAAGGGCGGAGAAAAAAUCAGUCCAAUCGAGCUGGAUAAUGUACUAGUCCAACAUCCAAAGGUUGCUCAAGCAGUAUCAUUUGCUAUCCCUGACUCAACGUAUGGGCAAAAUAUUGGUGUUGCCAUAUUACCGGUGGAAAAUGAAAAGAUUGAUCAACGCGAAAUCAAAGAUUGGGUCGAGGAGCGAUUGGCAGCAUUUAAGAUCCCGAAAGAGGUCUUCUUUACGCAUCAGAUGCCCCAAACUGCUACAGGAAAGAUACAGCGACGAAUUGUGGCCGAGGAGAUGAUGAAGCAACAAAUUAUCAAGGCAAAAUUAUGA